AUGGGAUCGAGUGCUGGCGCCAAGCAAACGCCACCGCCGCCCGAUGCGCAGAAAGGCGAUUCCGACACUCCGGCAGCCGAAGCGCCAACAGUCGACUCGCGCUUACCUUAUCCAAACUUUCGCGAACUAUUUACUCUGAAGAACUACUGGAAGACUAUAAGACGCAACGAAAAAGACUCGGGCAAGUUGCUGCUUGCCAGGUGA